UUAGCGUUCGAAGACUGUAUUUAUCUAUUAAUGUGACAGAAUUGGCUAUUUAAUUCAAUUAAAAUGGAGUUGAUAAAAUAUGUUAUAAAAUAUUCUAAUUUCCUGGCCAAGUUGAAUGAUUAAACCCAUGUUUUUGACAGAAUGGGGAAAAAAAUUAAGAAGGAACCUGAGUCAAAAGCCAAAAAUGUGUUUGAUCCACUGCCCAUUGAGAGCAAAAGUGCUGCAACAGUGAUUCUCAUGCUUCGAUCUCCUGAGGAGGAUGUACUUCUCAAAGCCAUUGAAUCCAUCCAUAGAUUUGCAGAUAAAGGUGAGGAGAACAAGAGCUCCCUGAUGGCUUUGGGGGCAGUGGAACCACUCACGUGCCUUAUAACACAUGAAAAUAAAACUGUUUGCAGAAACGCUCUCAUGGCUCUAGGAGUCAUGGCUUCAGAAAAUGAUGUCAAACAACUGAUCAAGAGACUGAAUAUUAUUCCAACUAUCAUCACCAAACUGUCACCAGAAGAAGAAAAUACUGUCCAUGAGUUUUCCACUCUGACUUUGGCCCAUCUUUCCACGGACAUCACAUGUAAGGUUCAGAUUUUCCAGCAUGAUGGACUGGAACCUCUCAUUCAUCUACUGUCCAGCCCCAGUCCAGAUGUAAAAAAAAAUUCGGUGGAAUGCAUCUAUAAUCUUGUUCAGGAAUUUUCUAGUCGAGAAGCAGUGUACAAAUUGAAUGGACUUCCCCCGCUACUAUACCUGCUGGGUUCUGAAUAUCCCAUCAUUCAGCAGUUUGCUCUGCGCAUUCUAGAGAGCAUCAGCUCUCACAAAGAAACUCGUACUGAAUUCAGAGAACAGCAAGGAUUCCCUCGACUCAUGGAGCUUCUCACAAACAAAAAAUUUAGUGACCUGCAUGUGGAAGCUCUGAAAGUCAUCUCAAACUGUUUAGAGGACACUGAGUCAAUGCAGCUUAUACAGGAGAACGGAGGCCUGGAAAAGUUGUUGCAAUUUCUCGUUGCACCCACCGCUCCUGAAAUCCAGGCUCAUGCAGUUAAAGCUAUCAGCAAAGCAGCAUUAAGUAGUGAAAUUCAAAGGAUCCUGCAUGAGAAAAAUGUUGAAAAGGCCCUCAUUGAAUUGCUUGCAGGGGAGAACAACAGUAUACAUACUGCUGUAUGCCAGGCAGUGUCAGCCAUGAGCAAGAACCUGAGCAGCAAAGACACUUUCAGGCAAUUAGAGGGGAUAAGACCUAUCAUGCAGCUGCUAAACAGUGAGGAGAAUGAAGUAAAAGAGGUUGCAGCAGAAGCCUUAUCAAACCUUACCCAUGAAAACCAACUGAAUGCAUAUGCUGUUUAUGAAGCAGAAGGAGACAAGCUUCUUGUCCAGCUCCUAGAGAAUAGUUCUCCUGCAGCAGUAAUGCAUGCAGCAGCUGUUCUGAUCAACAUGGCUUCACAGGAAGUGCUUCGCCAUAGCAUUCUCUCCCACGGAGCCAUACAGUCACUGAUGAAACACCUGCACUCCACAUGUAAACCAACACUCAUCAACACCAUCCAGGCGGUAGCUGCUCUCACCUGCGAUGCAGAUGGAAGGGCUGAGUUAAGAAAUGUUGGAGGGCUGCCCCAACUUGUUAACCUGCUGACAUCAAAAGACACUGAAAUCCGCCAAAAUGCAUGCUGGGCAGCAAGUGUGUGUGCUAAUGAUGAGCCAACAGCAACAGAAAUGUACAGAUUAGGGGCUUUAGAGAUUCUCCAGGAGAUCAACUGCUCACUGAGCCGAAGGAAUAAGUUCACUGAGGUUGCCCUGCAGAAGCUGUUGAAUAACAAUCUCUCACUAAAAUACAGCCUUACAGGACAUCUCCUCUCCACUGAUAUCACUACAGAUGGCUUUUAUGAUCCAGGACAGACCAGAGAUGGUCACCGUGUUCCUGAUCUUGAAGAUAUUGCAAAGCAGGCUAUCAACCAGCGCCGAGCCGUUAUUGCAGUUAAUGGAACCCCUCCAGCUGAGAUGAAAACUGAUUUAGCAGAGAAGGAACUGCGGGAGAGCCUUACAGAAACUAUCCCCUCACCUGUGACGACCAACGGGAGCAUCAGAGCAACUAGUAAAUCAAAAGGCAAAGGGUUGCAGGAAAAUGGGAAACAGAGGCAUGAGGAUGAGUGUAAACCACAGCAGGAAGCAGUAGCAGAAAAACCAUGGACAUUGCCAUAUGAUGAUCAGCUCAACAGUCUGAUUGAAAAGAUAUUCAAAUCUGUCCUGCCCUUACAUGAUGAAGUGGAAAUGUACACUGCCCUGGCUAAGUUGGUGUGUGAUGCAAUGGGGGGCCCAGUAGAUAUUGAGAAACAACAUGAUUUUCUUUGGGAGCUUCACCUGAGUGAGCUGAAGAUUGAGAUGCAGUCAAACAUAAUUCCUAUCGGCAAGAUCAAAAAGGGAACCUACUACCACAGAGCCCUACUCUACAAGGUUUUGGCAGACAGGAUUGGCUUGAGCUGUAGUCUGGUGAGAGGACACUACAGUCGUGCUUGGAAUGAGAUUUUGCUCUCCUCCACCACCACAAGAACUAAUGGAUUUAACCCUCAACUUCAGGCUUGCAUCAUCGAUCUCAUGCACAAACCUGGAACCCUUAUGAAGAGUGGCACACCUGCUGCUGAGCAAUACCAGAAAAUCUAAUCAAAACACGUUUGUUCAAUGUUCACAGCUUUCUUACAGUGUUCUCUUUAUAUCCUGUACUCUAUAUAUCUCUGCACUCGUGGUUAUUAAGAUAAUCAUGUUCAGAUGAAUGAUUCAUGUUAAUUUAUACUGAAAAUAAAUCAUGCUAUGAUAUAA